UCGAACGUUCGGUAUCAUAUCAUUCCAGAGUUCUUCUUGAUAAAGAAGUAGCUUCCUACUCCACAGUUAAACAUGUUGACCAAGAGCUUGAUUCUAGUUCUUGCCGCAGUUUGCGUUGCAUCUGCAGCUCCAGCCGAUGAACCCGCAACGAAGGAGAUCACAGAGGAAUGUAGUAAAAUAGUUGACGGCAGCCCAUGCGAUCCAAAAGCUGUUGACUGUGCACAAUGCGAUUGGUGCGAAGAUAGAGUAUCUUCUUACUACCGCUGUGUACAAGUGCGACCGGAAAAUCCAUUUAAACCAGUUACCGGGUAUUGGAGUAGGGAGAAUUGCACCCAUGGAUAUCUUGUCGACCCCACAAAACCUCUCACAGGACAGACUGCCGGCGGACAAUGUGUCGCGUGGGACGAUCUCCAUGCUGACACGAAAAAAGCUUACUUAAGUCAAGAAAGGUGCAACCUUCCCCCCAAACUUUGUAUUUAUGGACAAGACGAGGACGACGAGUGCACAAAAAACUACUGGUUCCAAGAAGAUCCAUGGGUAUCCAGGGUUGAUCAAAGCUGCCAAGGAGCAGGAGACGUUUUUCACCUUGAAUCGGAAAAUUGCGGACCUUGUGGAGAUGCUUGUACUGGGAAAGGAAGUUGCUAGUGGGAACUUUGAGAGCUAGCAGUGUCUGAUGCAUUGUAAAAAUUUAAUGAGCUUCCAGCUAUCUUUCGACAAACACCUUAAAUUUUUCUUCUUUAACCUUCCACGCUUUUGUGCCUCAAAAAGAAAUUUGAUCAGUUAGGCGAAACGUGCAACAAUUUUGGAAAUUUUACUUAAUUGAUAUUUUGUCGAAAAUCCAUGCAUUAAUAAACACCUUAACAGAAAUCUAGUAUUAUCUAUUCCUUUGAAUAUUUAAAUCGAAUAAAUGUGACAUCAAUUGUCGUGAAACGCACUUUUAAACACUUUUAAACCUUUCUAAAAUAACCUACAAAACGGUACGUGCUUUGAUUGCUUUGCAUAAGUACAAUACCAAAUUGUUUAUCAAUUCUUCUUUACUCUCUCUUACCACUCUGCUCUGCCUUUCCAAAUAUAUUUAUAAUGGACAACAAUGCAACGAUUUCUCUAGAAAUUAUUUCCAUUUUAACCAGGUUCACCUAAAUCAUAAUAACGUAUUUAGGAACUAUCUGUAUUUAAUCGCUCCUAAAAAAACUGGAUACUUUUAUAUUUAAUUUGCUGUAUUUAUCCAUGUUCAUAUAUUCAUCAAAAACCGAGUCUUCAAAUUUUGAACAAGAUGAUGACAAUUAUUUACUGGACGCUCCCUUAACACCAGGAUAUUUAAUUUAUUUGGCUCGAUCGGAAUUAGAUAGUCGUGCUAAAUUAGGCAUUUAUAACGACGUCAGAAAUGCGGAACAACCAGAGCUCGUUAAUCAGUUAAUUAAUAAAAUUUAUAAUUCCUAAUUUGCCCAAGUUUAAUUCACAUUUAAAUAUUUCCAGAUAUCUGGAAGAUUACAACUCCACCUCUGCUCGCCUGCUUGCGUGCAAAGGAGAAAAAACUAAUAGCUGGUCAAAAGCCGUGGAAAUUGUCAAAAAUCCGAUCGCGGUGUACAGAAUGAUGCGAAGAUAUGUUUACGUAUUGAAACCUAUUUGGUCACGAUUGAAUUCCACAAAUGAAAUGGAUUUUCUUCCCAAUUUGUACGGAGCCGUCACCCCAACAAUUGAUGAUUUUUACGAGACUAUAGAAUCCAUUCUUAAUUUGCAACAAUUUUAUGAUUUUAACCCGAUGGAGUUUUCACACGGCCUAAUUCUAAACCUUCAGACAAAUAUUACACUUAAUGCGACUCACACUUACGAAAUAGCAAAGUACGCCUUAAAACAGAAUAAAUAUUCUUUAUCGCUGGCUUGGUUUAUGGCAACAAUGGAAUUGAAUCAGGAUCCAGAAAUUAUUCCAUGGGAAGAAAUCGAGGGCCAAAUUGAGACACUUGUCCAAGAAGUUGACCAACCAAUUAAAAAAUAAGUAUCUUAUUUCGCACUGGCAUAAGUUCAUAUUCGCAAACUUUUUUGCACAGCACGACGCAACUCACGCCGAAUUCGCCCACGAUGAAAAGCAAGGAACUUAUUAUUUCCAUGAAAAAUUAGCCAAUAACCCAAGUUCUCUACGUAUGCGAGAUAUCCAUUACAAAACAAAGUUUGGUGUACGUCCUUCCGGGCAAGAUUCGUACGCCAGUGUGACAGCAUAUUACAAUCUUAUGGGAAUUUGCAGUGGCGAUUCAUUCCUGAGUGAAACCGAUCGUGCCAAAUUAUUUUGCAAACUAUCUACAAAACCGCAUCCGUUCUUCAUCUUAAACCCGAUAAAACUGGAGGUAAGGAGUUGGUCCCCGUAUGUGGCCGUGUUUCAUGAAGCCAUCCCAAAAUCAAUCCUCGGCUACUUUUGGUCAUCUACUGUUUCCCUCUUUCUCAAUGCGACCAACCCAACGACGGAAAUAUUAAAGACACAAUCUGGCGAAGCGGUCAAUAUUUUGGAAGAUUUAAAUGUUCCAGACGAUCCCAGAGAUGGGGUCAAGUAUCGCAUCAAGCCUGCAAUGUCAGUAGCGCAUUUCACGGAUGAGCAAGCAGGGGAAAGAUUUUUAAAUUAUGCCGAAAUGCUGACAGCCCUUAAUGUCAAGGGCGAAGGAGCAGAUACGUUUCGGGUAAAUCAGUACCUUCACGGAAAUCCGCUGAGGAUACAUUGCGAUCACUUGCAAGGACAUAAUGACGCAUUUACAGAGGAACAAGGAGAUAGGAUUGUGUCAUUUCUUGUUUUUUUGACUUCUCCCGAAGUGGGAGGAGGGACAGCAUUUCCAAAUCUUGGGUUUAAAGUUGAGCCUGCAAUGGGAACUGUAAUUUAUUGGGAUUCUGCACUAACUGAUGGAUCCUGUGAUUUCCGAAUGGCACAUGAAGGUUGUUACGCGGCACAUGGCUUGAGGUGGACAUCCGUCAAAUUGAUUCGACAAAAGGCUAACAUUCUGAAAAAGACUUGUUCGACACGGGAAGGCUAUUGGAACAACGACUACUAAAGUACAAUUUCGACCCUGCGUAUAACCAAAACGAAGCUUGGACGGGACAAAAAGGGAUAUACAAAUAAUUUAAAAAUCAUAAACAAAUUUUACACAAAUAAUUUAAACCUGCUCAUUAACUUUUACUGAUUAAAUAAAUCCGUAAUUUUAUUUUCGUUCUUUUACAAAUAUUUUUAGAGUUGUGAAUGCAUAACUUUAUAAU